AUGACUACAGAGCACCAAAUGACUCAAAUUAUCACUUGCAUCCUCAAUUCGAGAGCUAAAUUCAUAAAGGUCGUUGAAUACUUAUUAGAAGAGACAAGGUGUUCUGAGAUCAGAUUCAAGCAAGUACACACUCCCACACUGGCCUUGUUGACUUUGAAGGAUUCAUCAUCAGGUAAACGGAAAAGAUCAAUCAGUCAUUUCCAAGGUAUACCACUAUCGAUCUUAUCUAUUCCUACUUCACCUUGUCAUGAUAUGAACACCCAAUCCACAAGGAAGAUUAUCGCUAGAAGGAAAAUCAUAGGAUUAGAUACAUGUUUCAAGAGAUUGACUUUCGGAAAUCCCCCAAUAGUCAAACAACAGGUCGACCAAAUGGAUAAUGAUCAAGAAUCAGGUUCAAACUCAGGUUCAGCGAGAAGCUCGGCUACUUUCACUUCUUCGAUCACUGCCUCUGAAGACGAAGAGGAUCAAGAUGAGCAUCACGAGGUAGAGGAAGAUUGGGACGAAUCAGAUGAUGAAGAUGAUAUAAUAUUCAAUUUCAAUCAAUGA